AUGUGCAAGCUCAUCCUCACUGCAGGUCUCUGUUUGAUCAUCGCCAGCUUGGCCUCUUCCUCCAGGCUGGUGUGUUACUAUAACAGCUUGGCUGAAGACAGAGCGGAGUACGGGAAGUUCACCAUUUCAGAUAUUGAUCCAAACAAGUGCACCCAUCUGAUCUACGCCUUUUCUGACAUUAACAACCAACAUGAGCUGGUCCCCAGCAGAGCAACUGACAUACAACGCUAUCAGGCCUUUAAUGGACUCAAAACCAGAAAUCCACUGCUCAAAACCCUGUUGGCAGUUGGUGGCUUGACCUUUAACAUACAAAAAUUCAGUUCAAUGGUGGCAACACAACAUAAUAGAGCACAGUUCAUCCAGUCUGCUAUCACACUUCUGAGAGCAAAUGGUUUUGAUGGCCUAAACCUUGAUUGGAGGUACCCUGGAAGAGCUGGAAGCCAACCACAAGACAAGCAAAGAUUCACAUUACUGUGCAAGGAGCUAAAAGAGGCCUUUGUGGCUGAGGGAACAGCGGCAAACCGUGACAGAUUAUUCAUCACUUCCAGUGUCUCUGCUGAGAAAGCAAUCAUCGAUGCCAGUUAUGAAGUCCCACAGAUUGCAACGCACCUGGACUUCAUUAAUGUGCUGACAUUUGACUUUCACGGCCCCUGGGAAAGUGUCACAGGACAUCACAGCCCCUUAUAUCAGGGAUCCCAGGACACUGGAAACAAAACCUACUUUAACACUGACUUUGCCAUGCGGUACUGGCGGGACCAGGGAGCACCACCAGAAAAGAUAAACAUGGGGUUAGCAGCAUACGGGCGAGCAUUUAACCUCUCCUCUGCAUCCAGUAAUGUUGGAGCACCAGCCAAUGGUCCUGGUGAGGAAGGCUGCUAUACCGGUGAAGAAGGACUCUGGGCCUCUUAUGAGAUUUGCCUUUAUCUUGAGGGGGUUACACCCCGGUUGAUAACCGAUCAGAAAGUUCCAUUUGCCAUAGCGGAAAACCAGUGGGUUGGAUUUGACAACAAUGACAGCCUGAAUACCAAGGUCAAUUACCUGAAAGCUAACAACUUUGGAGGAGCCUUUAUCUGGUCUCUGGACCUGGAUGACAAAAGUGGACAGUUCUGUAAAACAGGCAAAUGCCCCCUCAUCAGCCACCUGCAUGCUCUGCUAGUUCCAGGUUUUCCUGGCCUUAGUACUACUAAUAUCACAACUAUUGCAACUCCAGCUACCACAAAACCAACGAAAAAUCAAACUACGACAAAAACCAUAAAAAUUUCCACUCCUACACCUACAUCCACAAAAUCCUCUGUCACCACCACAACAAUUUCCCCGAAUACAACGACUCCAACAACAGCAACUCCCAUAACUGCCAACCCCGCAACAGCUGCUCCAACAACAGUCACUCCCAUAACAGCCACUUCCAUAACCGCCACUCCCACAACACCAGCUCCCACAAACGCCACUCCCACAACGGCAGCUCUCACAACCGCCACUCCCACAACAGCCAUCUCUGAGGCUCAGAUGAGGGAAAGAGAAGCGGCCGUGAUCAGCCACGGAACCGAGGGGAAGCUCCAGAGCCCCCGGUUCCACACAGUUCAAAACUCUUUCGGAGAGAGGGGAAGAGAUGAAGCUUACGGCAGCCAAAAGGUGGCGAGGCAGACGCUCUGUAGGCUGAAGCGCCGGCUGAUCGUGCUGAGAAGCCGACGAGGAGUGAGCUGA